ACUGAAAGUACACUAAGCAUGCAUCAUGGACAAGUGUGGAUUGCAUAUGGGCAUGGCGAGCGCGCUUGAAACGUUAUGUGGUCAGUCGUACGGUGCCAAACAGUACCAUAUGCUAGGAAUCUACCUCCAACGCUCAUGGAUCAUCCUCUUCGCCUGCGCCGUCGCCAUGCUCUCCAUCUACCUCUUCACCUCCCCGCUCCUCGUCUUCCUCGGCCAGGACCCCGCCAUCUGCUCGGUCGCCGGCACCAUUGCCCUCUGGUACAUCCCCAUCAUGCUCUCCAGUGUCUGGUCCUACACGCUCCAGAUGUACCUGCAGGCGCAGAGCAAGAACGCCAUCAUCACCUACCUCGCCUUCCUCAACCUCGGCAUCCACCUUCUCCUCUCCUGGCUUGCCACGGCUAGGUUCGACCUCGGUCUGGCGGGGGUCAUGGGCUCCAAUAUCAUCGCCGUGUGGAUCCCUGUAUUUGGGCAGCUCGUCUUCGUCUUCUUCGGUGGAUGCCCUCAGACGUGGACAGGGUUCUCAUCGGCUGCAUUCGCCGAUCUCGGUGCCGUCUUUAAGCUCUCCAUGUCCUCUGGUGUGAUGCUUUGUUUGGAAAUGUGGUACAACACCAUAUUGGUCCUCCUGACUGGGAAUAUGAAGAAUGCACAGAUUGCACUCGACGCUCUUUCCAUAUGCCUUAACAUCAAUGGAUGGGAGCUGAUGAUUUCAGUAGGAUUUUUGGGUGCAACCGGAGUGCGAGUGGCAAAUGAGCUUGGUGCUGGAAGUGCGAGGAGGGCCAAGUUCGCCAUCGCCAAUGUGGUCGUCACUUCCUUCUUCAUCGGAUUUGUGUUGUUUGUAUUCUUCCUUUUCUUCCGCGGGAACAUCGCGUACAUGUUUACCGAGAGCCGAGCAGUAGCUAACGCGGUGGCCGACCUUUCGCCUCUCCUGGCAUUCUCUAUUCUGCUGAACAGUGUUCAACCAGUGCUACCAGGCGUUGCUGUUGGUGCGGGCUGGCAAAGUGUGGUCGCCUAUGUUAACAUCACAUCCUACUACAUGAUUGGCAUCCCACUUGGGGUAGUGCUUGGUUACAUUGUCAGAUUUCAAGUAAAGGGCAUUUGGAUUGCGAUGCUGGUAGGAACACUGGUUCAAACUGUUGUACUUGUGUACAUAACACUUGGGACUGACUGGCAAAAACAGGUAAAGAUUGCUCGUGAGAGGCUGAAGAGAUGGUACAUGGACGAGGACACAAGAUUGCAAGGUUCAGCUGGAAAAUAACCCGUCCUGAUAGCUUCAACCAUUCAACACUUCUAUCAGCCUUGUACAACAUUGCUCGCGAUAAGAACAAUACUAUUGCGCAGGUGCUCAGCUCAUCCCCGCCGAAUAUUUCGUUCAGGCGGGAUUUGGUUGGCGCCCGACUUAUGUCAUGGCAUAAUCUCUUAUCCCGUCUGGAUCGGAUUAACCUGACGCAAGGCCGUGAUGUGUUUCGCUGGAACCUUACUACAUCGGGGUCUUUCACGGUAGACUCUAUGUAUCGUGCGCUCAUGCAUUCUGAGGCACCGGAGAGCAAUAACAAGAAAAUCUGGAAGGCAAAGAUUCCACUAAAAGUUAAAAUAUUCAUGUGGUAUCUUUGUAGAGGUGUUGUGCUAACCAAAGACAACCUUGCACGACGCAACUGGCCAGGAAGUAAGAAGUGUUGUUUUUGUACUCAUAACGAGACAAUCAAACACCUCUUUUUUCAAUGCAAGUUUGCGCGU